AGCAAAAUCGAAAGGUUAUAACCAACUUGUGCACACUUGUUUUGAUGUGAUAUAAAUCGGGAGAAAUAAUAUUCUAACCGGAAAUUACCAAUGCAAACACACAAUAAUUUUUAUAGCUCUUACGUUAUGGAUUGUUAUGAAAAUAAUAAUAAAAAAAUAAAAAAUAAAAAUUGUCAAACAUUUGGAAGAAAGUUUUGUAGCACGCGUGGUGGAAGAGUCUUUUAUCAAACUAUUUUUAUGGUCUUUGUGAUUCAGAUGUUAUGUGUGUUAUUGAUGGAUUAGAUGUAAUGACUGGAUUAAUUGUACAUACCGAUUUUAAAGGUGCAAAGAUUAACAACGUGUAAACAUUUAAUAAUUUAAUCUUAUCGCGUUUUCAAACAACCUAUUGUAACUCCGACUGUUGAAAACCAAGACCACUUUUAAUAAAAUAAUAAUUUCAACUUCAUCUUAAAUUAUUUGAAAUGGCCAAAUUUAAUAGUCGGGGUACACCUUCCGCUAAAGUAUUAUCCCUGCAAACGAGCAAUAUUUUAGAAACGUUACAUUAUGGGAUGUUUUAUAGAAAAGAGCAGGAAAUUACUCAACGAAUGGGCGAAUAUUUGGAGGAAUUCUUUGGAAAUUCAAAAUCGAGAACAAGUGGGGGGAAAGCGGAAUCGUCAGUUAUACUAGGACGUAGUGAUUCAGAUGUAAUGGGUGUUAUUGAUAGAUUUAUUGUAGUGAAUACGGAUUGUAAAGUUGAAGAAGAUUUAAUCACCAUCACAGCAGUAAGAACGGGCUGUUCAGCUGGUUAUUGCAAACUUAAAUUUACGUCAGAACAAUAUUAUAAGGCAAACGAAAAGAAAAUUCAACAUGGAUAUUACGAUAUUAUAUUAAAAAGUACACAAAAAAUGUACAUUUCAAGUACACUUUUUUGCAAAUAUGGAAUUCCCAAAUAUCUAAUACCGAAUGAAAAAGGAGAUAUUGUGAUUGAAUUUAACGGACCGGCGAUUACAAAUGCUAAAGUGGACUAUGUGCAAUCAUUUGAGAUGCAAACCUGGCCGGAAGAAGCCAAAAUUUGGAAAGCACGCAAGCGAUCAAAUAAUUGGCCGAGUUGCUGUCUACUUAAUAGACUUGAAAAAGAGAUUCCAUGCUAUGUAGCGCCUAUUGGAAACAAAAGAUCGCCUGACUUUGAUUUAGAAUGGAGACUUUCUUUUGUAGAACUAGAACGUGAGUUGAUAUGGAGCUUGAACGAUACACAAUUUAAAUGUUAUAUUUACCUGAAGCUUUUAAAAGCCAAAUUCAACACAGAACGGAUUUUAAAGGAAGUAACAUCAUAUCAUUUGAAAAAUAUACUGUUUUGGUUGUGUGAAAAGUUAGCAGAAAAAGAAUGGUCUCCGAGAAAUAUAAUCUGUUGUGUUAAGAAAUGCUUACAAAUGCUGGAAAAUUGUAUAAAAGAAAAUAAACUGGAUCACUUCUUUAUUCCCAGGAAUAACUUAUUUCAAAAUAUAGAAUUUCAAUUGGAAAAUGAUGACAAAUUGUUUCGCAAGCUUCACGGCUUCAUUAAUGAAACAAUAAUCGUGAAACCUCCUCCUGGUUUCCCUUAUUCUCAAAACAUUUCAAAUGCUGUUUUCUAUUCAACACGAUUUCAGAAUAUUUGGGCAUAUUGUUCCUACUCUUAUGAUCGUUCAUUUGUAGAUCAUUUCAUCAAACGAUUUCCAGAGGCCAAGACGCUAGCACCAUGUAUAAAGAUCAUUCAAGCCGUUUACAAAUGGCGGGAAGAGCUGUUCUGUGGCUCUGGUUUGGGACACACAGAUACACUAAUACAAACGACUGUAAGCAUGAUAAAUGAAGGACGAGAUAUGGACUUUUCACAAAGCACUCUUAAUAUAGCCAUAGUUUACUUUAAGCAUGGUUUAUAUGAUAAGACUAUCUCUGCACUUAAAACUCUCUUUGCAGAUAAAUCAAAGAAGGUAUUCAUAUCUUCUUUAGGUCCACCAAAGCUUUUGUGCUUUGCUACUGGUGAAAUGGGAGAUUUGACCUCAAAAGCAAGGACUGUAAAUAUACAGAUUCUGGAGGACAGAAAAAAAGUUGUCUAUCAAUUUGUUACAGAGUAUAAUUUACAUUAUAUUUUGCCAUACCCUUUUGCCCUACAAGUAUGUCUAAAUUCAAAAAGAGAUAGCUUUCGUUAUAACCCCGUGAUAGUUGCAUAUUAUCUUCUCUGUAUGUCUUACUUAAAGCUUGGUCACUUGGAUUAUUUUAAGGACGCUGUAUUGCGAUUUGAACACGCAGUUAGAUAUAAUGUAAAUAGGAAAGAUUACUACCUGUCACUUGUGCUUUUAGGUCAUUGUUUAUACUGGUCAGGUGACAUAAAAGCUGCAUUUAAAUUUUAUGCUGAAUCUAUGAAAGUUGAACCGACUGUAUUGAAUGCUGCGAUCUAUCUUAUAGCAUUUAUUGUAAACAAUAAGUGCAAAGAAAAACGCUGAAAUGUUGAUGGCAGAACAUGUGUUUUUUUAAAGUUAUGUUGAAUUUAUAUCUUAAUCCGUUAUGUUUGUUUGUUUGCUUUUUUGUACAUAAUAAACUCACAACGAGCAAUUAACUCGCACAUAACGUGUAACCGGUAAGUUUGUUUCCCACUUGUUUACUCAAUAUUUUAAUUUCAUCCUUAAAUUAAAGGCAAUAUUCUGACCAGUAAAUUUCUAAAGCUUUACGCAUUGCAUUUUAAAAUCUACUGUUGUUUAUUGUCGUUAAUGUAAUAAUUGUAAAUUGAUUCUGUAACUAUUGUUGAAAGCGGAAAAGAAAAGUAAUCUUUUUGUGUUAAUAAGUUAACAAUCACAUUACCUUAAAGUAUAACCUAAAAACUGCUUCUUUUCAUCUUCCAACUAGUCUUUUUAAACAUGAACUACAGGUUUUUUCUAAGAAGGCAUUACACAACUUGAUCCUGUUUAAGAAGGGCCUCAAUUUUUAGAUCUGUAUAGACAAAUGAACAAGACGAAGAAGUAUCGUUAAAAAACGAUACUCGGCCGAACUUAAACUGGUUUAUUUGCAUAUUGUAUCUUAGGAAAUAUGGAAAAAGGAAUCAUAAUGAUUAUGACAUUGAGCCUUUUAUUUAAUUUUACGUUUAAAUUUUUAAGAUAUUGAAAUCAUGUUCAUUUGUUGGCAGUUUGAGUAAAAGAAUCCGAUACGAAGUAUUUCAAAUAGAAACAACGUCGAAAGUCUGGAAUAAAUCCUUUAAAAGUAAAGAAAUAAAUAAGAACUACAAACAAAACAAUUUAUUUCGUAGAACUUUUUCCGUUAAGGCCUCAACAGACGGUAGGAUUUUGAAGUACAACACCAAUUAAAACUUAGAUGUACAGGCAAAUCUUAAUGUGUAAAGGCUACUAUUUUUUGAAUUCGGAAACCUUAAGUCUAGAGGUAAGGGAUAGGACAUGUUCUAUUUUUGAAAAUCUUGUCGUACAGAUUUCUACAGACCGAACUCCCACAAUGACAAGUAACAGAUUACCAAAUUAUCACCUGAUAAUGGGUGUAAUGAAUGAAAUUUUAGAGCAAUUAGGGCUAAAAGGUAAACAUAGUAGUAGGACAGCUAAAACUGAUGUUGAAAAACUCUUUAGGAGACCUACACUUGUGUUAUGUUCGAAUCCAAAAUUAUUCCGAAAAUGAUUAUGUCACGGUAUUGAACUGCUGUCUAAUUAGGGGAGGGGAGGUAGUUUGUAGGCGGCCGGAUGGCUUAGUCAGUAGAACCGCAGUCGGUAUUCCGAGGGUCCCAGGUUUGAGUCUCGGUCAGGCUUCACAUUUAAGGAGGUGUUUCAAUCAUUACUCAUGGCGAAAAAAGUAUUGAGUGAGUAAAGUAUGUAAAAGAUCAAUUUGUAGGGAUCCUUUUUAGGGAAACCUCAGAUGAUUCCUACUGUGUAGACUUACCGUCUAAAUGCAAGUGUUGUAUUGCUUUGAAAAUUGUACAUCUUAUCUCUUAUUAGUGCUGCACAACUAAAUCCUACCGUCUGUUGAGGCCUUUACAGUUCAUUUUUACCGUCAUGAUUUUUUUAAUUUUCAUUAUUGUGAAUGUCGUUUUAGUUUUAAGAAAAAAAUCAUUUAAGUAAUUGAAGUUUAAUCAAAUCGAAAUUUUAAUAGAAAGUUUAUUAAUGCAACGUUUUUUCGAUAUGAAAUACCCGAAUCAACGGAUUUGCAACACCUUUGGAGAUGACAAAAGAAACCUAAAAUCCGAAAAAAAAAGAACCGAAAGUAAGCUUUCUAAUCUAAAACUACUUUCACAAGCAUUUAUAAUAAAGAAACUAUUCUCUCGUUUGUGGUUAAAAAAACUUCAUUUAUAUGUAAAAUACAUGAAAAAUUAUAAUUAAUCUUUUUCACAUAGAUAACUGAUAUUACCGGAUAAGUUGGUUUUCUUGUGUGCUUUUCGUUAUUUUCAUGCGCAUGAGUAACGGGAUCGUGAACGUAAUUGUAAAUGGCGGGUUCUCAUUAAAGCAGCGUUAAAAUCUGUAGGAGGUUGCAUAGUUAUAUAGACUUAUAAUGUGAAGGAGAAGGCAUGGUAAAACACAACCUCAGUAUCUGAAACUAAACUUGAUAGUAAAAGAACUUAUAAAUGUUAGCAGUUUCCUUUAGAUUUAUUUAAAAAUAGACGCGCAUACCAUGUCAGAAAUAUCCUUUAUGUUAUUUAUGUUAUUGUAAUUUUAAGAUGACCAAAUGAAAUUUUUACAUACAUAAGUCUUCCUUGUAAAUUGUAUAGCAAGUCCGGCCGAAAAAGAAUACAUGUCAUAUUUAUAUAGACAUUCCGUAUAUCUGUGUGUGUGUCAAAAUGUGUUACUUGCUCUUUGGUGAUUUUCAUUUGCAUUUGUUAUAUAGAUAAAAAAUAAUUUGGAAUUAUGUCAUCUGUCAUCGUGAAAGGUCUGUACAACUAGAAUUUUAGAGAUAGAACACUUGCUUUUCUGUAAAUCUAGUAUUAAGCUUUGCGAAUUCAAAAGAUAGAAGCCUUCACACAUUAAGAUUUGCUUGUACAUCCAAAAAAAUCCUGCCGUCUGUUGAGGCCUUUGUUAGUUCUGUUC